GUGUUUUCUACCAGCCGGGUGGACCCAGAGGGUGGCAUUGUAGGGUUCUGCCAUCUGUCCAACACCUUGACUGAGGGCACCACGCUGAAUGUGUUCGUGAUCCUUUCGGGACACUCCUCCCGUAUCUUGCUGAUGAGGAGGGUACCCAUCCCAGACCCGGUUCCCCCCUCCCCCACCCAGGGAGUGGGUCAGCUGGAAGCACUGCAGGCAAUCACAGCUCUCAGCUCCUUCCUCACAACAUCCAGCACCCAGUCGGCCAGCUCUGCACAGUGCAUGUAGGGCCCUGGACCCAGUUGUUCCCAGCACCACUCUGACCUAAGAUGGAGUUAUCUGGCCUGAAGAUUUGCCGGGAGGGCCUGGAGCACAUGCAGUCCGUGGUACUGGGCUCCCAGUUGCAGAAUGAGGAAGAGCCUGGAGAGCCAGAACAGGCUGUAGGUGACGCUCCUCCACCUUACAGCAGCAUCUCUGCAGAGAGUGCAGCAUAUUUUGACUACAAAGAUGAGUCUGGAUUUCCAAAGCCUCCGUCUUACAAUGUGGCAACAACACUGCCCAGUUAUGAUGAAGCUGAGAGAACAAAGGCUGAGGCUACUAUCCCCUUGGUUCCUGGAAGAGAUGAAGACUUUGUGGGUCGGGAUGACUUUGAUGAUGCUGACCAGCUGAGGAUAGGAAAUGAUGGGAUUUUCAUGUUAACUUUUUUCAUGGCAUUCCUCUUUAACUGGAUUGGAUUUUUCCUGUCUUUUUGUCUGACCACCUCAGCUGCAGGAAGGUAUGGGGCCAUUUCAGGAUUUGGUCUCUCUCUAAUUAAGUGGAUCCUAAUUGUCAGGUUUUCCACCUAUUUCCCUGGAUAUUUUGAUGGUCAGUACUGGCUCUGGUGGGUGUUCCUGGUUUUAGGUUUUCUCCUGUUUCUCAGAGGAUUUAUCAAUUAUGCAAAAGUUCGGAAGAUGCCAGAAACGUUCUCAAAUCUCCCUAGGACCAGAGUUCUCUUUAUUUAUUAAAGAUGUUUUCUGGCAAAGGCCUUCCUGCGUUUAUGAAUUCUCUCUCAAGAAGCAAGAGAACACCUGCAGGAAGUGAAUCAAGAUGCAGAACACAGAGGAAUAAUCACCUGCUUUAAAAAAAUAAAGUACUGUUGAAAAAGAUCAUUUCUCUUUAUUUGUUCCUAGGUGUAAAAUUUUAAUAGUUAAUGCAAAAUUCCAUAAACUUUGAAUCAUUAGUGGUUAAUGUUUGAAAAAGCUCUCGCAAUCAAGUAUGUGAUGUAUUAAUAAUGCCUUAUCUAUUGUUUGUAGUUAUUUUAAAUAGCAUGAGCCUUGUCCCUGUAGUCAGUAGGGGGCAAUCUUGCUUUAUUCAUCCUCCAUCUCAAAAUGAACUUGGAAUUAAGUAUUUUAGUGUAAGAUAUGUAUAAUGCUGGCCAUUUUAAAAGGGAUUUUCUCAAAAGUUCAGAUUUUUGUUAUGACUGCAUUUCUACGCAUAAUCCAUACUUGCUGUUAAAAUUAAUCUAGAAAUUUAUUCAGUUGUACUGUGAACACCUGGAAGCAAAAUCAUAGUGCAAAAUGCAUUUAAGGUGUCGUCAGGAUUAAGUUAAGUUCUUAAUUGAUGAAUAAUAAGCAUUAAUUUUUUAUAGUCUGUAUUCUAAAUUUUGCAGUACCUUAUUGUUCUGUGUUAUGUACCUAAGAAAUUGUAAAGGUGUUGUCACUAUAAAAUAAAAAGGACAAGGACAAUUGCAGCUUAAUUACAUUUUACAGUUGAUACUUUAUUAUUAAGAGUCCUACUCACUCUUUCUUUCUUUCUUUCUUUCUUUCUUUCUUUCUUUCUUUCUUUCCUCCUUUCUUUUUUGUCUCCUGAUGAUUAGGCCAAGGGCUGGAGUAGGGAGGGUAUUAGAUACUAAGGAGCAAAGAAAGAAUUAGUUUGGAACUUUUGAGAUGAUCCCUAACAUACUGUAGUACUACUUGCUUUUAUAAUGUGUUAGCAGAAACCGAUGAGUUAUAAAUGUAGAAUGAUGUGCUUUCUGCCAAGUGGUAAUUCACCUUGGUUUGCUAUGUUAAAACUGUAAAUACAACAGAACAUUAAUAAACGUCUCUUGUGUAGCAACUUCUGCUGUAGAUUAGUGUUUAAUUUCUUGGUUUGCAUUUGUUCAUUGCCAAGGCAAUUUUUUUCUAAUCUUUAUUCAUACAGAGUCAUGCAGAAUCAUUCAUUAAAUUAAAAAAAAAAAUUGGUUUGGAGCCAAUUUUUUUCUUUUUCUUUUUUUUUUCAGCACAAAAAGUUCCCUUCUGUUACUCUCAGUACAUUCCUAAAGAUGUAUGUGAAAAUUGGUUCUGCAAAAGAUAAUGGACUAAAUACAGAGGAGUUGUAGAGAUCUUAAAUCACUCCAGAACUCCCAAUUAUGCUUCAUUUUUUAGACCUAAUCCUAGAUAGUUUAUUUCCAAUAUUUUCUGCAUGUUUCUUGCCUUUGCUCUUUUUCUCAUUUGAGCACUAUCCACUAGUUUAAGCCCUAUGAGAACCCGGCUGAGGCGAAAGACUCCUCAUUCCUCCGUUUCUAUUCUUGUCCCAGUUGUGUUAAAUUUAAAGUCCCGUGGUUCUUACAAUGUCAGCCAUUUGAUGUGUCCCCCCCCCUUCUUCCACUUACUAAAUAAAA